CCAUACGUAGGUAGUGACGGAUUCUCACAAUUUAUUCAUCGCAGGUCUUUCGUUCCUGAUACCUAAGCUGCUAGCAUGCCUCUUUGCCCUUCCAGUUUUUGAUCUGUCUGUCCAGACCGAAGUUCUCAAUAUGUUUCGACCAGCGGCGCGAAGUCUACUACGCUCCGCAGCUCCCUCUUCUCUUGCUCCAGCGCGGACGGUAGCCGGACGAAGAUGUGCCAGCACAUCGUCGCCCGUCAACGCUCGGAGGUCCUGGAAGAGCAGUGCUGUGAGAUGGGGUCUUGCAGGCGCAUUCAUAUACUAUUACAACACAAGUCCCGUGUUUGCGGAACAGCCUCAACAUAAUCUCUUGAACCCAAAUCUCGAUGCCUAUGAAGACGCAACCAGUACGACUUCACUAGAGGAAUUAACAUCCCGACGGGCCCGGAAGGCCGAGGGAAACACCGCUGCCAUCAAGUCUACCGUCGAUAGCCUAUCUUCCGAAAAUGCGUCGACAUCUGUAUCCGCCGGCGAAGAACCAGAACCGCACCACGCAAAUUCCGUUGCAGCCCUCGAGGGCGAUCUAGAACAAGAGGCGCAGAGUGAAGGAGCUUUCAACCCCGAGACGGGCGAGAUCAAUUGGGACUGCCCGUGUCUGGGCGGGAUGGCCCAUGGCCCAUGUGGACCAGAGUUCAAAGAGGCAUUUUCAUGUUUCGUCUUCUCGACCGAGGAACCCAAGGGAAUGGACUGCAUAGACAAGUUCCAGAACAUGCAACAGUGCUUCCAGCGUUACCCGGAAGUCUACAAGGGUGAACUGGAAGAUGAAGAGGAACUUGAUGCCGGGUUAGAGGCGGAGAGACAGGAGUUGGUGAAUGAGAUUGCGGAGAGGAAAAAGCAGCAACAAGAUGGACAACCACAACGUAGAUUGUUGGAAGAACCUACCUCAACGCCGACAAUGGGUUCGGGAAGGAAAGCAAAGAAGUCGGCCCCAAGGAGCGAAGGAAACCCUCCUCGGGAAGAGGGCAAAGUCAAGAUUCAUGACGAUGAAACGUACUCGCCUGAGCGAGAGAACAUCCACGAAGGUCAAACAUCGAAGCCAAUCUCGCAGCCGAGAACCAAGGCUUCAGACGAGGCUGAGGUUUAACGUUUACCUCGACCUUUCCGCUUUGAUCAGGUCGAAAGAAUGGUACGAUGCAAAGCUUUCAGAGACUUUGCUUGCACCUGUCUAUUCUGCCUGCAUGUACAGUAUUUAAUCUUAACCACCUUCCUACUCCCACUGGUCAACUAUUUCCUUCAGCCAAGAGCCACUGUACUUCGAAGGAAAAGGCACAGGGGUAAAAGAGGGCAAGUGUACACCAACUGCAUGUUCAGGACCAGCAUGCACAAACCGCUCGACGCAUUAGGUACAACGAUAGCUGGCUUUUGUAACACUUCCGCGGUUCCAACGCAUGACAGGACAGAAGCAGAAAAAAUAGAAAUAGAAUCUUUCCUCUCCUCAAGGCUUGACGAGAUGAAGAUCAACUAGGUACUUUGCAAGGCUCUCGCGUGCUUUCUGAGUUCGUCGCGUCGCGUACUCCGUAUUAUG